AUGAGAGCAGCUGUCUUCUGGAAACCAAAUAAGCCUCUCACCAUUGAAGAGUUCCACAUCCCUCGCCCCAAGUCUAGUGAAAUUCUCAUUAAAACCAACGCAUGUGGAGUCUACCAUUCUGAUCUCCAUGUUAUAAAGAUUGAGCUUCCGUUUGCUAGCCCCUCUAUGAUGGGGCAUGAGAUUACUGGUGAGGUUGUCAUACAUGAGCCGGCUACGAAUAAUAAGGCCACAAAAAGAGUACCGAUUGGAUCUCAUGUUGUUGGAGCUUUUAUCAUGCCUUGGGAUAGUGGUUCCUAUUGUUCAAAGGUAAUAAUUUUUAUGGGUUUAGCUAGAACGAAGCUGAUGUCCCACUUCACAAUGGGACAUAGAAGAAACAUAUGA